AAUUGAUAUCACUCGAAAUGACCUCCCCUGGGAAUUUAUGACAGACCGUCUGCCAACCAUUUUAUUUUUUCCUCAUCAGAGGAAGGAACAAAGUGUGAAGUUCCCUGAAGACUUUCUAGUUAACCUUCCUAAUCUCCUUAAAUUUAUUUUAAAUCAUUCAAGUGUUUCUUCAUCAGAGCCCUGUACCAAAGAAUGCCUACACAAAGAGACAGUUCAACAGCAAGGACACAUCUCCCACUUAGAGAGAGAAAUUCAGAAGUUAAGAUCAGAAAUCAAUGCCCUUCAUCAGGCCCAUGACCAGCUUGAAGCACAGCUUUCUGAAGCUAAGAGAGAGGAACACAGACUACAGCAGCAAAAACACACACUGGAAAAGCAGCACAAGACACUGCAGCUCCACAGUGAGCAGCUACAGGCCACGUACGACCAGAAGCAGCAAGAACUAUUAGAAAUGGCUGAAAAACUUCAAGAAUUAGCUGAUGCAUCAGAAAACCUCCUUAAAGAAAACACUCUGCUGAGAAUCCUGGUGGCAUCAAGGGAAGGAAAGCUACAGAGCAAUGAUGAACCUAAAGAAUCCCUUCAGCCAGAGCAAACAGUUUCUGAAGAUGUAUCAGUUUCAACAACUGCUGCCACAUUAGAGGAAAAAAGGAUUGAUAGUACAGGUAUCAUAGAGACAGAGCACAGUAGUGGAAACAGGACAGAAUGA